AUGACAGAAAGGCCUCUCUCGAUCGCCACGCAGAUCGCGACUCCCAUUCCAGCCGCCCUGUCCUCUACGGCUUCGAUAUCUGCGGGCGAUCCACGUCCGGUCGGCGAGUCCGCAGAAGAGGAGCCCUACACCAUCAAGUGCAUCUGUGAUUAUUCCGACGACGAUGGAAAUACUAUUUACUGCGAGAUUUGCGAUACAUGGCAACAUAUCGAAUGCUACUACCCAGGCCAAGUGGACAAUGCUUCCAAGGAGGAGUUCGACCACUCCUGUGCUGACUGCAAACCGCGAAUGGGCCUACUAGACCGACGGCAUGCGACCGAACGGCAACGGCAGCAACGGCAGAACAAAGCAGUUGACAGCCCCGAUAAGAAGACCAAGCGGCCACCCUCCAAGAGUCAUAAGAAGAAGGCGAAGCCAUCAGAAGUUCAUAUCAAUAAUGGCCAUCAAGACCACGAUGCCCAUAAACACGGCAGCCCUCCCCCUCCCACGAAAAAGUCGAAAGGCCAUCGAUCAAAUCAAUCGGUCAGCUCGCAGAUAAAACGGAGUCCACCCAUCACUGCACGAUCACACAUUCAUGCUCAUCCCCCGAGUCCGGUACACACUCCGCCGGAUCUCCCCUCCAAAGGUUACGACUACUCCGAAAGAUUUAUGAGAUUGUACGAUGAUGACAAGUCAAUCCUGAUAACCUCAACCAACUCGUUCGCGAGCCUCUCUGUGUCGAAUUCGAUGGGCUUGUGGCUCAACGACGCUGCGAAGAUGUACGAGGACACCGGCAUGAAGAAGGAGGAUUGCUUCGACUUCCUCAAAGUACCCGUCGACUCCCUGAGAUGGCCUGAACUCCGGAUAGAGCGGCGACAGGAGACCGACAGAGGGACGACCUUCACUCGAAUAUGCCUGAUCAAUGUAGCCCACAUCACCGGAACUCUACCCGUCGGUGAGCUCAAUGGUAUCGUCGGUACCCAAAACGACUACUGUAACGAUGUUGAGAAUCGAUGGGCAGACAUGGCCCACCCGCGACCUUUCGUCUUCUUCAUCCCACACCUCCCCCUCUUCAUAGAUACUAGAAGCGAGGGCUCAUUGUGUCGAUAUGUGCGGCGUAGUUGUCGGCCGAAUACGGCCUUGGAAAUCUUUAUUGCACAACGCUCGGAGUAUCACUUUUGGCUAACGACUGAUCGUCCCCUCGCUGCUAACGAAGAAAUAACUAUGCCAUGGGAAUUCAAGUUUCCGUCGCAGCUCAGUUCUCGAUUCCACCGUCUCCUGAACCUCAUUGAUGAAGAAGCCUCCAAGCCAGAUGGACUCGACGCGACCGAUGAGGAAUACGAUGUGCUAAUACCACUUAUUCAUACGGUUCUCUCCGAUCAUGGCGGGUGCGCCUGCAAUCUCGGUAGUGGUUGCGCCUUUGCUCGAUUUCAUGCAGCAUAUAAAGCCAGGCAACAGACCUUACAACAACAACAACAACAGCAGCAGCAGCAGCAACAGCAACAACAGCAGCAGCAGCAACAACAACAACAGCAGCAGCAGCAACAGCAACAGCAGCAGCAGCAGCAACAACAACAACAACAACAACAACAUGCCGCCAAGACAAAGAAAGGUCGAAGGCCGAAACAGAGCCACAUGUCGCCCACGAGCACAGGCCAUGCUACUAAUAGCCGAGACGCUAGUGAAGGCCAGGACGAAGACGAUAACCGGUCAAUAUCUGGUUCGGUCCGUAGUAAACCUCGCAGUCGUGACUUGACCCCGUCACACAGUGCUGAACCCAACGGACUUCUCACGGAACAUUCUGAACGGGAGAAGAGAAAAUUGGCAGCGCUCGAAGACUCGUUCCGCAAAAUGGAGCAGGGACAGCCACCGAGGAAAAAGAAACGCGCAUCUGAUGGAUCGAGCAUGAGCUUGCCUGCUCACGCCGCAGCCAACCAACCUACCGCAAAACCCCGGCAACGUUCAGCAGCAUCCCGCGCAUCGAUCUCGCAAACUUCUGGUACGGCCGCCAACGGAUCUAGAUCGCGGCAGUACGUUGAUGCAAGCACUGCGUCGAGGAGGGAAUCCGCAUCACCAUCCAGCGCCGGUGCUGUCUCGCCAACCGCCGCGCAACGUUCGCCCGACCACCGCCCCUCUCCCCAUCCCUCACUCCCAUACCGCUCGCGCAAUAGCUCGACGCAUCCGAAACCUUCAUACGUGGAAUCGUCUACGCAGACUGACGAGGUGGAUAAUGCUUGGUGGAACGCCCCAACACCGAGGGUGAAACGGAAGAUUCUGCCUCUGGCCACCCGCCUCCUCAAGAACCGGCAGAAUAUCCAACGAAAGCAAGAGGCGGAAGCUCUACAACGACAGGCUUCGGUGGUUGGCGACGAGAGCCAGACUGGCGACGCUUCUCCAUUGGUUCCUGUACCCGCAGACACAACCAGCCAUGGAGGUAGCCCCACGGAUUUACCGACAGAUACAAAAGAUCGAAACACGAGCGUCGCAUCUUCGGCGUCUUCGCUGGGUAAUCCAGAUCCUGUCGACAUCACUAUGCCCGACGCACCGGCCGUCUCGGACAGUCCCGUUGAUAAGCCCCUUCCGCCAACGUGGCCAGACGCCGCGGGUGACUCUCAUCCUUCCCCAAAAAUUACUCUCAGGAUGCCUCCUACUCCCGUCCUCUCGCCCCCGAUCUUGUCGGCUACAGUCUGCGAAACUCCUACCAAGACGCCUACAUCUGCGCGACCUCCAAAUGGAGCCACACCGGUCUUCUCUGCUGCUGCUGCCAACGGUGCUCCGCCAGUCCCGAUUAAGCCCGAGAGAAAGAAGCUCAGCUUGAGCGACUACGCAGCAAGAAGGGCGAAGAAAACGGACGCGAUUGUGGCCGCGCCGGGAAGCAGCCCGACUCUUUCACCGGCGGUCUUGAAGCCAUCUUUAUCGACGAUCGAGGAGGCGGGGGCCCAGGGAGGUCUUGAGGGAUCCGCAAUGGUCGAAUCUCCGACGAUUGUAGAGAAGAGCGUCGAUCUUGUAGCGGCGGCAGGUGCAACCUCGGGAUCUCUACCGAUCAACAACCCCCCGGCCGUCACAAAAGGCUGA